UGCGAGUGUACGUUGAAAUAAACACUUCUGCAAAAUGAACAUGUCGGUAGAGAAAAAGAAGUACUCGUCGGCGCUGCCAACAAAUUGGCCGACGAGGGAAGAGGCAUCCAGAAAGAGUCAAAAUCAGUUGUCAUCUACUGGAAAGGUUGACGUUUACUACUACAGCCGUGGAGUAAGAAACGACGCAUCGUUGGUACCACCGAUAAGGCAGACGGCGUCCAUAUUUAAACAACCAGUAACCAUUUACAAGACACAGGAAGGGAAGGUGAAGGACAUCAAGCAUGGAAAUCAAGAAAAACCAAAACAGGAAGGAGCCGAUAAAACUGAUGGCAAAUAUGGCUCCCAAGAUAAGCCUAAGCAGCUAUUUUGGGAGAAACGUUUGGAAGGCUUGUGGGCGUGUGAUCCAGACGGAUAUGCGUUCGCUGCAAUGGAUUUGCCAAAAGGUUUAAAGUCAGUGGGCCCGUAUAUCACGGAAGAAACGUUGCUACAGAGCGUUGCUACUGCGUUGCACGUUUCGUCUCAACCAGUCACGGGACAAACGGGUUCAAAAGCAGCUUUAGAGAAGAAUCCCGGGGUAUUUCUUAAUCCCGAUCAACCCCUCGUACAGGCCGUCUCGAUAGCUGACGAAGACAUCAAGAGGCAAGAGGACCGUGUUGCUCUCGCAAGAAAAAAGCUUCAAGAUGCUUUACGAACAAUUCCUACAUAA